AUGGCAGACAUGCGGAAUCUUCAAACGAAGUUAAUAUUCCUACAAAUCAUCUCGCUAUCUCUCUGUGGUUGGUUACCAGUCGAACGUGAGGUGCAAAUAGAGUGGGAUCUUGAGUCGACACCUUUAGAAAUUAAAACUAAUAGUGGGCUGAGGAGUGGCGAAGCGGUGAAAGUGCGCUUCUACUCUUCUAUAAUAGAUUAUGCAGGAUUAGUCCAGCUCUACUUCGACUCUACUCCACAAUACAACCUCGGCUACUGCAACACACCCUACAUGAACCUCCAUGUUAAUCCCCCCUCUCCUACUGACAAGGUGUGGCGUAUCACUCUAACCAGAACUGCAGGUGUUAGACUAGUGAUACACUGUAACGAGGUAGAGGUGCUCAACAUACUGAUCUCUCAAGCAACGUGUAGUGACAGUAGUUGGAGCACGUACUGGAACAGAGACGUGACAAAGAUAAAGUUCUUUUCCUCUGACUCAGCAUCUGAUUACUACGGACCAGGGCCGUGUGCAGAAGGAACAUAUCGGAAUGAUGCUAUGACAAACUGUGAGACAUGUGACGCUGGAUUGACCCUAAACUCUGACAAAACAGCCUGUGAGCUAUGUCCAGCUGGAAGCUACAAGAACAUUGAAAUGAACACAUGUGAAGAAUGCCUUGAUAACACGAUCAGUUCAGAAGGAGCAGCCUUGUGUACAACUUGUGAACUUGGCCAGGAACGAAACUCAGGGAGAACAAAAUGUGAGCCGUGUGGGGAAGGAACAUAUCGGAAUGAUGCUAUGACAAGCUGUGAGACAUGCGACGCUGGAUGGAAACCAAACACUAACAAAACUGCCUGUGUGAGCUGUACGGGACUGAAGCCUGAGUGGAGAACUGCGAUCAGAACAACAACACAGUUCCCAGUAGUCCCAGGAACCGUGGUGGAAGUGAAUUGUGUUGACUCCAGAGCUCUCCAUAAAGGGAGCAGCGAGGAACAAUGA